AGACAAACAAACGAAAUCAUAAGGAAUCCAUUCCAUCCCUCCUAUUUUUUAUUGACUUCAAGAAUCUGGAAACAGGGUUGCUUUUUUAUUACCCUUUCUGAGCCUUUCUUCAUAUCUUCACCACUUCAUAUUCUGAGAGGAGAAGAUUCAUCCAUCAUUCUUUUCUUCUUUGACUUCUUCUUCUUAUCCUCUCUUCAAUACUUGGGUACCAUCACUGGUAUCUUAUAUUUUUGACUGAUUGUUUGUUUCUGAAUCAAAAUAAAGAAUUCUGAGUUGAACUACAUUCACUCUUUUACUUAGGUUGCCAAGGAGAGGGCCGAUUCGAUCUAUCUGACCGUCCGUUCCUGAAGCCCACGGAUUGACACCGCCAUACGAGAAUAUACCUCUGAAUCUUGGACACAACCAACAUUCCUCUUUAGAUCUAUUUCUCAUUCAUCAAGUAUUGAUCAAAUCUCAAAGAUUUUGUCAGUAUUAAUAUUACACUUACCAUUUGUAUAAUCUCGAUCACUUUAUAAAGGGUUCUUGAUUAUUUUCCACAACCAUGGCAUACUCUGGAAACGGAGGCUUAUGAUGAAGCAUAAGCUCCAAGACCUUCCACCUGGAGGGGGUAACUACCAUCAUCCUCAAGAUGAAGAGGAAGGUGCUUUACCUUUACUCGAUUCUGGAGGACAUGGCGGCCCAUUCAACAGCCCUUACGACUCUCACUCUCAAGGAGGUCUUCGAGCGAAUACUCCUCCCGUUAGACCUGUUUCUGCCUACAGUCUUACAGAAACGUAUGCGAACGAUCACAACCAUUACAGCAGCGAUUACAAUUCAUCCCACACAUACAAUGAGCAGUUGGAAGAUAACCCAUACCCACGAACCGAAACUCCUUUGUCACGAGCUGAGACUACCUCCACAGAGGCAUGGAGGCAACGACAAGCCCCUCAGCUGGAUGGUCCUCAAACGUUAUGCUACCAGAAAGUACCCAGUGCUAUCAAGAAUGCCAUUCAACAAAAAUACAGGAAUGAUUUGGAAGGGUGCAGCGAGGAAUUCACACAUAUGCGUUACACCGCUGCAACUUGCGAUCCCGAUGAGUUUACUUUGAAAAAUGGUUACAAUCUACGACCCUGCCAUGUACAAUCGUCAAUACUGAGUUUGCUCAUCGCUGUUACCUAUUACAACGAAGACAAGCAGUUGACUGCACGUACUCUUCACGGUGUCAUGCAAAAUAUCCGCGAUAUUGUCAACCUCAAAAAAUCUGAUUUUCUGAAUGUCGGUGGACCAGCAUGGCAAAAGAUUGCUACUAUUGGUAUCUACCAAGAUGGUGUCAUGAAGAAAGAUGUCGAUGGAAAGGAGACCGUUGCCCAUGUUUUCGAAUAUACAACACAACUUUCGGUCACUGCCAGUCAACAACUUAUCCGCCCAACUGAGGGCGACGCCACUGACUUACUCCGAUGGCUGUUUAAUGCGUUUGGUCGUCUCCUCAACCCGGAAGUCUGCAUCCUUUUGGAUGCCGGUACCAAGCCCGGUCCUAAAUCACUUUUGUCUUUAUGGGAGGGCUUCUACAACGACAAAGAUCUUGGAGGUGCUUGCGGAGAGAUUCAUGCUAUGCUUGGGAAGGGUGGCAAAAAACUUCUCAACCCGCUUGUUGCAGGUCAAAACUUCGAGUAUAAGAUUAGUAAUAUUCUCGACAAGCCUCUAGAGAGUUCUUUCGGAUACGUUAGUGUGUUGCCGGGAGCUUUCUCUGCAUAUCGAUUCCGAGCUAUCAUGGGACGUACCCUCUUGAACAAUACUUCCACGGAGAUCACACUUUGUCCAAGAUUCUUGGAAAAAAGGAAGAACAUGUUCUUGGCUGAGGACAGAAUUCUCUGUUUCGAGCUUGUAGCCAAGGCUGGUAGCAAGUGGCAUUUGACUUAUAUCAAGGCAGCUAAAGGAGAAACUGAUGUACCUGAAGGAGCUGCUGAAUUCAUUGGUCAGCGUAGAAGAUGGCUUAACGGUUCCUUUGCAGCAGGAAUGUAUUCCAUCAUGCAUUUCGGCAGAAUGUACAAGAGUGGUCAUAAUAUUGUCCGCAUGUUCUUCUUGCAUAUCCAAUUCUUAUACAACGUCUUCUCCAACGUUCUCAGUUGGUUCAUGUUAUCUUCUUUCUGGCUCACAACUACUGUUAUUAUGGAUCUUGUCGGUACCCCUACCCCCGCUUCGGACACUACUGCCCUUCACCAUGGCUGGCCUUUCGGUGAUACUGCUACCCCCAUCAUCAACACGAUUCUCAAAUAUCUCUACCUGGGAUUCCUACUCGUUCAAUUCAUUCUGGCUCUUGGUAAUCGACCUAAAGGAUCUAAGGUUACUUAUAUCGUAUCCUUUAUCGUCUUUGGUGUUAUCAAUCAUCUUAUGUCCUUGUCCUAUCCAUAUUAUUCUUUGAGAAGUUUCUUCGGAAGUAGUUCGAGUUCCGGAGCUGGUAUCAUUAUUCUGGCUUCUAGCUGCUACAUUCGGAUUGUACUUGUUGCAUCCUCUGUAACAUGGAUAUUGGCAAAUGUUUCAUUCCUUUGGGCCAUACUUGUUGCUCAUGUCAUCUUACAUCAACAUUCCUCAUGCGUAUACGCUUUCAUUAUAAUUGGCAUGAUGUUUCCUGUGGGUACCAAGGGAUCUGAUAAGGCAGAAGCUCUUCCAUCAGCUAAAACUACGAAGGAUAUUGACAGUCAGUUUGAGGCAACUGUUAAGCGUGCUCUUAAGCCAUUCGUUCCUGAAGUUGAAGAUGAGAGCAAGACCUUGGAGGAUUCUUACAAAUCUUUCAGAACCAAGCUUUUGAUCUCUGGGUAUAUCAAACGCUUUGUUGGCUGUUUGCUAUCACGAGUGACAGUGUUGAUAGAUUUGGUUUCGGAGAAUACUGCAUCAAUUAGAACUGCCAAGUUCUUCGAAGUUCUGCUUUACUCAACGGCUUUCUUGGCGCUUAUUCGUUUCCUCGGAUGUUCUUACUUCUUGUUCAAGUCUGGUAUCAUGUGCGGCUUCAUGAGACGUUAGACAAGACUUACACCAUACAUACUUUAGAAACAAAUAUCGGUCCUCGCACCACUAAAAGGUUACGAGUAAUAAAUGUUUCUUUUUCCAAAAAAUUGGAGGGCGGAGAGGAGGAUCGACCCUUUAUACGGAGUGUGAGCACCUAUCAUUGGAAAGGAAUCAGCGCUUGAAUCUACAGCAGGCAACCAUUUUUUGCAUUUUUGCUUGCACAUAUGGGAGCUUUGAGAUUUUUUCUCUUCCUAGGCGGUCUCUCUAUAUUGCAUGUUUGAGUAGGCGUUUCCGUUUAAUACUAUUGAAUACCCUUAUGAAUGAAUAACCAUUCGUAUCUAUUGAGUUAGAUGUUAUCUCAUCAAAAAUCCAAUGUGCAC